CGCACGAGCGGCGGGCGGGGCAGCGGCAGCGGCGGCGGCGGCAGUAGCCCGACUAGCAACGGCGGCUGAAGGAAACCGAGGGAGAGCGAGAAGCAACAAGCUGCGGCGGACCUGGGAAGCGGAGCGAAGGGAGGGCGCGCUUCGGUUUCUCGGAUACUAGUGAAAGAUGGUGGAUCGCUUGGCAAACAGUGAAGCAAAUACUAGACGAAUAAGCAUUGUGGAAAAUUGUUUUGGAGCCGCUGGUCAGCCUCUGACUAUUCCAGGCCGUGUCCUGAUUGGUGAAGGAGUACUAACAAAGCUGUGUCGGAAGAAACCAAAAGCGAGGCAGUUCUUCUUAUUCAAUGAUAUCCUUGUGUAUGGUAACAUUGUCAUCCAGAAGAAGAAAUAUAACAAACAGCACAUCAUUCCACUGGAAAACGUCACUAUUGAGUCCAUCCAGGAUGAGGGGGAUCUACGGAAUGGGUGGCUUAUCAAGACCCCGACUAAAUCUUUUGCAGUGUAUGCUGCUACUGCCACAGAGAAAUCUGAAUGGAUGAACCACAUAAAUAAAUGUGUUUCUGAUUUGCUUUCCAAAAGCGGGAAGACUCCCAGUAAUGAACAUGCGGCUGUCUGGGUACCUGAUUCUGAAGCCACUGUAUGCAUGCGCUGCCAGAAAGCAAAAUUCACCCCCGUCAAUCGUCGACACCACUGCCGGAAAUGUGGAUUUGUUGUAUGUGGGCCCUGCUCUGAAAAGAGGUUUCUUAUUCCCAGUCAGUCCUCCAAGCCUGUGCGAAUCUGCGACUUCUGCUAUGACCUCCUUUCCACAGGAGAGAUGCCGACAUGUCAGCCCACAAGAUCGGACUCUUACAGUCACUCACCGAAGCUUCCUUUAAAUGAUAUGUCAGAUGACGACGAUGACGAUGACAGCAGUGACUAAGUAAUGAAAGCGAAUGUCUUAAUAUUACAAUUGGUAUUUGAACCUGAGUUGCUGGAUGAGGAAACCUCUAGUUGCAGACUCUUCCGAGAGGCCUAACCUAGCCAUAAAAUCCGCCUGAAAAACCUUCAAUUCAAAUGUGCCUCAGUAUCUGAAUCUCUUAGAUAUAUCAUUGCUCUCUUUUCUGCAGGGAUAGACUGUUGCAAAUAUAUCAUUUUUCCAGCUUUGCAUACUUGAUUUCCUAUUUAGGGGUGAGCUGAUGAUCAUCCUUUCCUUCCCCUUCUUUCCCAGCGGAAGAAUAGAGAAUGAAGAACAGUUUUUGUUCUUUUAUUUUGCUACCAAGAAGCAUCCCACAAUGUGUUUGGCAGUGAUAUCCUACCACUUCUUUUUAAUAUUGGGGAGGGGGCAAUUAAACCAGCGUAAUGAAACUGGUAUUUUUGGUUAGUGAAUUGAAUAGAACAUCUAUCCAGGCUUUGAAAUUGAUGCUGUGCUAUGACCCCUUUUAACAUAAAUGCAUUCUGUAACAUUAUUAACUUCUAAAACUUUAUGCAAGAAGUCAUAUACCAAGCAGUGCCUUUUAAUGAUUGCACUGUUGCAGGAAGAAACUAAUCCAAUUUAUCCUCUAUUGUGCAACAAACUAAGAAAUAGUUGGUGCUAUUGACAAUAAUUGCUGUUGUGUAACUUGGAUCUGAGUAGUGACGACUGUAUGUUACGGCAAUUUGUGUUGUCCGUCAGCCCCAGCCCCGCAGUACCUCUCUCUAAUAGGAUGCAUGAGGGCAGAUGAAACAUUAUUGUGGAGUCUGAUGAAUACAGCUUGAGCUCCCACACCAUGUAUACAACUACUCAACUUGGGGACCACUAAUAAAUUAGAUAUUCUUCAAAUGGAUUUAAUAUCUUGCUAUUUUCAAAAUUGUGUGAGAUUUUUAAAUGUUUAUAGCUAUCAGGUAUUUAUAAUUGAGAACUGUAUUUUGUCUCAGAUCAUGGUAUUUGCUGUAAUGUUUUUGAUUUGAUAUUUAUAAAAUUAGUUCCUUAGAUCUUUCGCUAACCUUUUUAAACUUUAGGAAUGGAUUUUUAAAAAAUAAUUAAAAUGACUUUUAAAAGCACAACAUCAUGGGAAAGCAUCCCAAUCAGCCACCCGAAGAGAACUUGCAAAAAUAUCCAUCCUUUGUACACAGCUGACCUCGAGAUAGAAAAGAAAUGCAGAUGACUUCAUUUUAAAUAUAUAAAUCCAGGAAGCAGGGCAAUUAGGGCAAAAAGUGUUUCCAAUAGAGUAUUUUCUUUUUACCUUUAACAAUACUAUUUUCUACGAUGGUGUCGUUUUUAGAGAAGUGUCAGAUUUAGCUCUGUGAAGUUUUGUAAAACCCCAAUACAUAGCUCUAUUUUUAUAUAACGGUAGUGUGUUUAAUCAGUUUAUGUAAAAGUCCCCUGAUGGAUUUGUGUUGGGAAUUCAGUAGCAUCUGAGAGUUUAUAAAAAGUGUUGAAUAUUGUUUGUACAAAAAAAAAGUUACAGUAUCUAGAAUUUCAUUUAUUAAAUGACAGUUUCUGCACUGUUUGCCACAUCUGGCACUAACUGGGCUAUAUUUAUUGAAUAAACAAUCAAUUCUGCAUCUUG